UUCUUUUUUUUUAAAUAAUAAAAUCCAAAAGCCCAGAUAUCAUUUUCUAAAAUAGCAAAAUACAAACCCCAAUCGACUACUCUUGAACGAUAUGCUCUCUCUAAUCAAGUUUCGACAGCGCCGAUGACUGUCACUGCCGCCUCCGCCGCCUCUGCUGUCGACGUCGACUACAUUGUCGCUUCCAACUUCCUUUCCUAGUUUUAGCAGACUAUACAAACAAACAUCUGCAGUCAGAUAAGUCUCAGAAAGCUAAAGGCAAACAAACAUGCAAACAGCUUCUCAUCUCCAUUCGGGUUUUUACAUUUCCAACAGAAGAAGCUAUGUCAAGCCAAAUGGGUGGAUGGAGAUUAAAGGCGUAAACUCCAGUCAACUUAGCUUCAGUGGCUUAGCUCACAAUCAUAGGCUUCUAUCAACUGAGCAACAAACCAAAUUGUUUGUGAUUCCCAAUGCAAACGAUGGUCACCCAUCUGUUACUCUUUUAGAUGAAGAACCAAAUAGUAACCAUGCUCCUAGUUCUGAAGCAGAGACUUUCUUAAGCAAAUGGUCACCUCCUGGGUACCUUUGGAGGGGACUGUCAGUUUUGGUUGUUGCAGGACAGGUAAUUAUCAGGAUUUUAAAGGGAAAAGUCCACUGGAGAAAUACUCUUCAGCAGCUGGAGAGAGUUGGACCAAAGUCAGUUGGGGUCUGUCUAUUGACAUCUGCAUUUGUAGGCAUGGCUUUUACCAUUCAAUUUGUAAGAGAGUUUACCAAACUAGGAUUGCAACGAUCUGUUGGUGGUGUAUUAGCACUAGCCUUUUCAAGAGAAUUGAGUCCUGUAGUCACAUCAAUUGUCGUUGCUGGGCGGAUUGGGAGUGCAUAUGCAGCAGAAUUGGGAACAAUGCAGGUUUCCGAGCAAACAGACACAUUGAGAGUUCUCGGCACAAACCCUGUUGAUUAUUUGGUGACUCCUAGAGUGAUUGCUUCUUGUGUUGCUCUACCACUUUUGACACUUAUGUGCUUCACAGUGGGACUGGCAUCCAGUGCCAUACUAGCUGAUGGUGUCUUUGGAGUUAGCAUUAAUAUCAUACUGGAUUCAGCUCAAAGAGUACUUAAAUCGUGGGAUAUAAUUAGCGCAAUGAUCAAGUCACAAGUUUUUGGUGCGAUCAUAUCAAUUGUAAGUUGUGCAUGGGGAGUUACUACUUCUGGAGGCGCCAAAGGUGUUGGGGAAUCAACAACUUCGGCUGUGGUUAUCUCACUUGUAGGCAUCUUUAUUGCAGAUUUUGCACUAUCAUAUUGCUUUUUCCAGGGUGUUGGAGAUUCUCUGAAGAAUGCUAUGUGAAUACUUUGAACCUCUGUUAAUGAAAUUUUAGUUUUAACUAUUGUUCAUCUAA